GGCUAUUCUCGCCUUUCCUGACAGGAGGAUGAACUCAGCAUCUUCACUAACCUCCUGCUGGUACGAGCGGCUGGCGACACAUCCCUCUCUGUCAUGACCACCACACCAUACCGGCCCCAACGUAUGCGAGCGGUGCUAACCUGGCAUGGUGGGGAUUUAACUGAAGCUCCUAACCUCUUUCCGGAUAAGCUGGCUGACUUUCGCGGCUACCAAAUGCGGGUGGUCACCUUCCACUUCCCUCCGAGGAUCUUCAUGAAGGAAGGGGAGAAGGGAUCAAAACCUAUGUUGUACGGCGUGGAUAUUGAGGUGGUGAGAGCGUUGGAAAAGGCGCUUAAUUUCAGCGUCGAGUUCCACCGACCUUCUGAUGGGGAGAUGUGGGGAUGGGAGCAAGAGAACGGGUCAUGGACGGGGCUGAUGGGGGACCUGCAGCGACGAAAGGCUGACCUUGGCGUGGCAGACCUGUACAUCAUGGAGCAGUACUUCACCAUCAUAGACAUGUCGGUGGAAUAUGACAUCGAGUACCUGUGCUUUGUGAACCCUGUGCCCGGGCCGCUGCCGCAGUGGAUAGCCCUUAGUUUACCCUUCCCCGUGGAGACUUGGGCGGCCAUCAUACUCACCGUGGCCGCCGGGAUGAUCCUUUUUGCAGGUGUAGGCAAAGUGGGCGCCUUAGUUGAGCAGGGAGUGAAACAUACGACCAACGACAUGGAGGAAAUCGAUACUACGAAUCAACCCACGGAAAGUCGCAGGCAGAAUCGUGCUCUGUGGGAUGAACAGUGGUUUGCUGCAGUGUCCAACAGCUCUUUGCUAUUGUUCGGCUGUGUGAUGAACACCUCCUGGUGCCGCGUACCUCGUUCCCAGCACCUGCGACUCUUCAUAGCAGUGUGGAGCCUCUCAUUCGUUAUCCUGGCCGUGGCGUACAGGGGGUCUCUAGUGUCCCAUCUCACCGUGCCCAAGGAGCAACCCCCGUUGGACACUCACCGACAGCUGUUCGCGUCGGGAAAGGACGUGGGUAGCAUCGGUUACACCCUCAAGAGGGUAAUGGAAAAGAACGCUGACCCUUACGUGCGCCGCCUGGCAGAACGAUACAUACACGUGUCCUCCACUGACCAGGGCUUACAGUGGACAGUGCAAGAUCAAUUCUCAUUCUUGGAGAGCCGUGGUUUUCUAGACUACACCAUCGCAGUUCACUACACAGACCCCAAAGGGCGUGCCUCCUUGCAUGUCAUGAGGGAAUACAUUGCACCCUUCGGCAUUGGGCUGGCCUACCCGAAGUUCGUGCCCUACAUUCCCAAGUUCAACACGGUGAUUCGCAGGCUGACCGAAGCGGGGUUGGCCAAGAAGUGGAUGGCGGACAUAAUUCUUGAUAGCAAGCGAGCCAAGCUGAAUGCAGGGAGGCAGGGACCGGGAACUUUGAAGCCAGACACCACCUUUACCACGACAAACAAUGUGCGGCCACUCACCCUCGACGAUCUGCAGGGAGGGUAUGCGCUCCUCGCCAUGGGAUACGCCUUUGCUGGGUUAACCUUCGUGCUAGAGAGGUGCCGAGCGACAGUCUGGACAAGCAUUUCAUAACGCUUCAUUCUUUUUAUUGUUUACUGGAAAAUUGGCAAGACAUUAACUUAUGUAAAAUAAAGAACUAUUUGCCUUGUUCGUUUUAUUUUUAGGAACAUUGGGGAUAUAUCAAAACAAAACACAAAACUGUUAAAACGUGUAAUGUAUAUAAAGGACGAAGAGAGGAGUAGCUGACUUCGGAAAACGAUAUUUUCAGUUAGCAAGUGAAAUGAAGAAUGAUACAAUGAAUGCAAAAAGAAUUAUGAUGUCAGGAUAUAAAGGCAAGUUCAGGAGGACCCUAAAGGUUUAUUCUGACUAUACAGAACAAAAGACAGGGAUAGUACUGGGUCAUAUAGAUCAUUUAGAUUACAGGAUGGGAGGACACUCGACAAUAAUGACAUAACCACAGCACUGGAGGACUAAAGGCACUUCCCGUUUUACGCGAAUUUAUAAUACGCAAAUUUGGUGUGCGCGAUGUUAAAAAGUCAGCAGGGUUUUUUUUUUUCAUUGCAGCAUUAAAUGAGUACUUCUUAUCAGUAUUUACAAAUGACGACACGUCGCCUUUACCUGAAGCCGCCCAAGUAUUCACGGGAAGGUAAGAAGAAAUAUUAUGUGAUGUCAAAAUAACUUGGUAACAAACUAAAGAAACUAAGUCACACGGCUCAGAUGACAUUUUCCCGCGUGUUCUCAAGGAAACUUGGGACAUAAUUUCCGGGUCACUGGCCAGCAUCUUUAGGAAGUCUCUUCACACUGGCGUAGUUCCGUCAUUGUGGAAAAAGGCCAAUGUUUUGACAAUUAAUAAGAAAGGUAAUAAAUCAGUAAUGUCUAAUUAACGCCUAAUCACUUUAAAGUCUGUCAAAAUAUAAUUGCUCGAAUCUAUUGAAGCUGAAUAAUCCGUAACCAUCCAGAGAAAUAAAGCCGUAUCGAUGGCUCCCAGCAUUCACUAAGAGUAAGUCAGGU